AUGGGUGACCUGCUGGGACUGGACGGUUUGGUGGCCAACACAGCCUACCUGAGAGCUCAGCAGUGUGAUUCCUCUGAGCUGAGAACAUGGAGAGUAGCCUUGACGCUGCCUAAACCCAAGAAGUGCUCUGCUUCUCAGGAGGUGGUGAAGACGUACGAGUCACUCUGCGAGCAACAACCCAUUGGAAAGAAGUUGUUCCGGCAGUUUCUGCUGACGUCCAAUCCGCCAUGCGUGGCUGCUGCUGAGUUCCUGGAAGAGCUGAGUGACUGGAGCUUUGCUGAGGAUAGCACCAAGGAGAAGGUCAAACAGAGAAUACUGUUAAAGUUCUGUCAUCCUCAGUCUGAGACUUUCCUUUCCUACCUGACAGGAGAGAACGUCAAAAUGUGCAAGGCUUUAUCGGACAAAAACUUUGACGAAGCAGCCCUGGACCAGAUCAGAGAGGCAACAAGGGACUUCUUGAGGGGCAAGCCUUUCAUGGGAUACCUGAAGAGCCCUUUCUUUUACAGGUUUCUGCAGUGGAAGGAGUGUGAGAAGCAGAAAAUCACUGACAAAUAUUUUUAUGAGUUCAGGACUUUGGGAAGAGGUGGCUUUGGGGAGGUGUGUGCGGUGCAGGUGAAACACACAGGCUACAUGUACGCUUGCAAGAAGCUUGAAAAGAAGUGUCUAAAGAAGAAAAGUGGCGAGAAACUGGCUCUUCUGGAGAAGCACAUCCUGGAAAAGGUCAACAGCCUCUUCAUAGUAAACCUGGCCUACGCCUAUGAAAGCAAAACCCACCUGUGCCUGGUCAUGGACUUAAUGUCCGGAGGGGACCUCAAGUUUCAUAUCUACGAGUUAGGGGAGAGAGGUAUCCACAUGGAGCGUGUGGUUUAUUACGCAGCACAAAUAGUCACUGGCCUCUUCCACCUGCACUCUAUGGACAUUGUGUACCGUGAUAUGAAGCCUGAGAAUGUCCUGUUGGAUGGUAAAGGCCAGUGUCGACUGUCAGACCUCGGACUGGCUGUGGAGCUGCCAAAUGGAAAAAUGAUCUGCCAAAGGGCUGGUACAACGGGCUACAUGGCUCCUGAGCUCCUGAAGCAGGAGUACUACCGCACCUCUGUGGACUGGUGGGCUCUCGGCUGCAGCAUUUAUGAGAUGGUGGCUGCUCGGUUGCCUUUUAAAUAUUUCAGAGAGAAGGUGCAGAACACUGAGGUGACCCGUCGUACUCUAGAGGAUGCGUGCAAGUUUGAAGACCAACGCUUCAGUGGGCCGGCAAAGGAUAUUAUCAUCCACUUUCUAAAAAAGAAACCUGUUUAUCGCCUCGGAUGUCGUAAGGGCGAUGACCCACGAAACCACGCUUUUUUCAAGAAUAUCAAUUUCCAUCGACUGGAGGCGGGACUGGUGGAGCCGCCCUGGGUGCCAAAGCCAAAUGUGGUUUACGUCAAGGAUGUCGACGAAGUACAGGACAACUCCGAGGUCAAGGAUGUCAGACUUGAGCCUAAGGAUGAAAAAUUCUUCAAGGAGUUCAGCACAGGAGCAGUCUCGUUCCAGUGGCAGAAGGAAAUCAUCGAGAGCGGAGUGUUUGACGAACUGAACGACGCUGAGCUGAACGGACAUGAUCAUGUGACUAUGUGGAGAUCCAGGGUGUGCAUUAUUCUGUAG